AUGGAGAAUAUUGUGUUUUACGAGGACCGGGACUUCCAUGGAAAGUCCUACGUCUGCAAAGGGAACUCGGCUGACCUGCAGGGCUUCAUCCACCGUUGCAACUCGGUCAAAGUAGAGGCCGGAUGGUGGGUUCUGUACGAGCGCAACAGCUUCAUGGGCUACCAGUAUGUCAUUGGCCCCGGGGAGUACAAUGACUACCGUCACUGGAUGGGCUUCAAUGACUGUGUCAGAUCCUGCAGGAUAAUCAACAAUGUCAAAGGGACUUGCAAGUUGAGGGUGUUUGACCAGCCAAACUUUGAGGGCCAUUCUUUGGAGUUGACAGAAAACACAAAGUCUAUCCAAGAGAAGUGGCUCAGACAUCAGGUCCAAUCCUGCAAGGUCCUGGAGGGCUCUUGGAUUUUCUAUGAACAUCCUAACUUCUGUGGUCGCCAGUACAUGCUGGAGAAAGGGGAUUACCAACACCACUCCGCUUGGGGAGCUCUGAAGUCAAAUGUUGGCUCAAUCAGAAUAAUCAUGGGGCUUUAA